AUGGGCUAUUGGAGGGUUCCUAACUCACUGCGGUUGGAACUCGCUUUUAGAAUGCAUCACCGCCGGUGUACCAGCGAUGACGAUGCCCCUAUUCGGCGAGCAGUUUUACAACGAGAAGCUCAUGACUCCAGUCCUGAACAUUGGGGUCGAAGCGGGGUAGGAGGCAUGGAUAUCCGGGUUUGA